UGAGGUGAUUUCACAACAAGCGAAAUUCGUUUUAUUUAUUUUUUGCCACCCUUCAGAGCCGUCUGUUUGUUGGGCGUCUGAUAAGUAGACUGCUUCUUGGGGGGGAGGGUGAAGAAAACUACCACCCCGGUAGCACGAAACACAUUAUUCCAGGACAUUUUUAUGUAGAGCAUUCUAUAUUUCUGGUCUACUCUGUCAGUGAAGGUUGGGCCAAAUGAACCACUCCCCUUCCACCACUUCAGAGGGCAUGAGUGAUGCCCGUCCAGGGAGUCCAGCUGCACCACAGCUUGUGCCAUUAAAUCCAGUAGGAGGAGGAAAGGCUGUCCCUCCAAGCAAGAGCAGCAAGAAGGGGCAACGAAUGGAUCGUAGCAGUGAAGAGUAUCGCCUGCGUCGGGAGCGGAACAACAUGGCUGUAAAGAAAAGUCGCUUAAAGAGCAAGCAGAAAGCUCAAGACACUCUACAAAGAGUCAACCAGUUAAAAGAGGAAAAUGAAAGACUCGAGGCUAAAAUCAAGUUACUUACCAAAGAACUAAGUGUCUUGAAAGACUUAUUCCUAGAGCAUGCACACAAUCUUGCUGACAAUGUGCACCCCGAAGCUUCCACUUCAGGGCAGGAGAAUGCUGGACAAUAACAUACAAGGCCAUUUGCCAUGUUAAUGGUUGUGUAGAGGAACGCACGCAUUUUUUGUAUAAUGUUGGACUUAAAAUGUAGCCAAAGGCACAAUAAUCCAUUAGGAUUAAAUUAUGCAAGAAGGUUUGGGACCCUGUGUUUAAUUUUUUCAGCCAAAUCCAUUUACCUUUUCACAGAAAGGUGUUUGGAUGUCUUUCCAUGAGCAUUCGUAAUUAUGAGUUCAUAUAUUUUAAAACUGGGUUAUAUAAACUCAAUAUUAAAAUAUAUGGACUUGUGUAAUUAUAAAUAUUAAUAUAACAUGAAUGUGUUGCUCAUUACAUCUUUUUGCUCAUACAGUCUUUUUUAAUAUCCAUCCAUUACAUUUAAGGAGUUAUUUAAUGUUAGACAGUUGUGGUCAGAUGGCGGUAAACACUGACUAUUUUUAACUUGUGCAUAAAGGGUAAAAUGCAUCUUAAUAUACGAAAAGGGUAUUUGGUUAGAAACAAAAUGUCAUUGUCUGUGUUUACUUUGAGUGUAUUUGAUUUAAAACAAGAUUUACCUGAUCUGGGGAAUGGGUGUAAUUUUGUAUACUGUUUACUCCAUAGGAACAAUGUGCCUUAAUAAACUAUUCAUAAUGGGUUGACCCAA